AUGACAAGUCAACUUGUCGACGAGGAUGAGUUCAGUAGUCCGAUUCCUGAAACUAAUCCUAUUGAGAAUCAAAGAUUGAAUAGUCAGAAAACACGAUCGACGAAUGACAACGAGGUUAUAAAAUCUGUUGCACAGGAAGCCAAAUCGUUGCUCAAGGAAUUCCGCUCAACAAGAGCCACCCUAAAAAUCGUUGGCCUAAAAAAGCAGCAACAAACUAUCGAGCUUGGUGGAUCGGGAACACAACCUCCAUUCAUCAGCCGCAUACAAGUCCCGCUACCAGAAAGCGCUGACACACACCAUCAUUCUGAGAACAAGUCUUCGCUGACAAAAACGCCGUUACGACAUAGUAUUAAACUGAAAAAUGCGGCGGACUUUGAAAAGAUCCAUACGAUUUUUGUGAAUUGA